CCCUCGGAGCGACGCUGCCAGCUACUAACGUGCCCCUAGGGAAGAACUCCUCACCUUCAACGAUGCGCAGAUCGCCGACGUCCUGGCCCUGUUCUACGACGGCAUGUUCGGCCACAAGGGCUUCGUCCACCUGAACGAGCUCAUCGAGGGAUACACGGCACCCCAACCCACCGGCAUCGAUCAAGGCAUGGCUCAGCGUUGCAAAAACCUGGCGGAUAAAUGUCGGCGAUUGGGUUCCUGUACUGCGCGACUUCCUUGUAGUUCUCGGCCAGAACUACAAGCACGAGACGGUCGAGCUGAAGAAGUUCUACCUCUACGUCGAUAACUACAAGCUCGUCAAGUUCAACAGUGAGCUUCGCCAAGCC